AUGGGUUCUGGACAGAUCCUGCCAGCAACUUUCCUCCUGAUGGGGCUUCUGGUUCCCUCCAUGGUGAAUGGAAUGGAAGGAAGAACCAAGACCCCUGCCUCCCGCUUCGUGGUGCAGGACGUGCACGAGUGCCACUUCGCCAACGGGACGGCGGGCGAGGUGCGCUACGUGAUGCGGGAGAUCUGGGGCGGGCAGGAGUGCUGGCGCUUCGACAGCCGCCUCGGGCACUUCGUGGCCCUCGCCCCGCUCUGCCAGCCGGACGCCGAGAGCCUCAACCGCGACCCCCGGGAGCUGGCCUUCCGCCGGGCACAGGGGGACCGCCUCUGCCGCGCCAACUACGCGCUCUUCGGGGGGCUCUUCACCGGCAGGAAGGUUCAGCCCACAGUGAGAAUCUCCCACACCAAGACUGAGCCCCCUGGCCACCACAGCCUCCUUAUCUGCACCGCGGCAGGAUAUUACCCCUCGGAGAUUAAUAUCAAGUGGCUGAAGAACGGGCAGGAGCAGACGGAGGGGGUCGGAUACUCAGAAAAGUUCCAGAACGGAGACUGGACCUUCCAGGACCAGGUGAUGCUGGAGACGGUGCCCAAGCGGGGGGACGUCUACGCCUGCCAGGUGGAGCACAGCAGCGUGACGGAGCCCAUCACCGUGCGGUGGGAGCCACAGUCAUCACACUCUGCCAAGACCAAAGUGUUGACGGGGGCCGUGGGGGCCGUGCUGGGGGUGGCCUUUGGGGCUGCCGGACUCUGCCUCUACCUGAGGGCUAGGAAUGUGGCUCCCACCAUACCUGCUGCAGGGCUCCUUAGUUAG